UCUCCGCCUUUCCGUCUUCCUGGCGCCUGCGCCGCUUUUUGGAACGUUCGGGAAGGCGGUGGUCGUGUACCGUUAGUCCGCGGCGAGCCCGAAUCCGCAUCCAUCCGUCCUCCCUGACCUCGUGCGGACCCAGCGAGCUUACCAUGCCAGAGAACGUGGCACCCCGUAGCGGGGCGCCCGCCGCGGCUGCCGGCGACCGCGGGAAAAGCGCCUAUCAGGACCGCGAUAAGCCAGCCCAGAUCCGUUUCAGCAACGUCUCCGCUGCCAAAGCUGUUGCUGAUGCUAUCAGAACAAGCCUUGGACCAAAAGGAAUGGAUAAAAUGAUUCAAGAUGGAAAAGGUGAUGUGACCAUUACAAAUGAUGGUGCCACCAUUUUGAAACAAAUGCAAGUGUUACAUCCAGCAGCCAGAAUGCUGGUGGAGCUGUCUAAAGCGCAAGAUAUUGAAGCAGGAGAUGGUACUACAUCAGUAGUCAUCAUUGCUGGCUCUCUCUUAGAUUACUGUACCAAGCUUCUUCAGAAAGGAAUUCAUCCAACCAUCAUUUCUGAGUCAUUCCAGAAGGCUUUGGAAAAGGGUAUUGAAAUCUUAACUGAUAUGUCUCGACCUGUAGAUCUGAGUGACAGAGAAACUUUGUUAAAUAGUGCAACCACUUCAUUGAACUCAAAGGUUGUCUCUCAAUAUUCAAGUCUGCUUUCUCCAAUGAGUGUAAAUGCAGUGAUGAAAGUGAUUGACCCAGCCACAGCUACUAGUGUAGAUCUUAGAGAUAUUAAAAUAGUUAAGAAACUUGGUGGAACAAUUGAUGACUGUGAAUUGGUGGAAGGCCUGGUACUCACUCAAAAGGUGGCCAAUUCUGGCAUAACGAGAGUUGAAAAGGCUAAAAUCGGGCUUAUUCAGUUUUGUUUAUCAGCUCCCAAAACAGAUAUGGAUAAUCAAAUAGUAGUUUCUGACUAUGUCCAGAUGGACCGAGUGCUGCGAGAGGAGAGAGGCUAUAUUCUAAAUUUAGUGAAGCAAAUUAAGAAAACAGGAUGUAAUGUCCUUCUCAUACAGAAGUCUAUUUUAAGAGAUGCUCUUAGCGAUCUUGCAUUGCAUUUCCUGAACAAAAUGAAGAUUAUGGUGGUUAAGGAUAUUGAAAGAGAAGACAUUGAAUUUGUUUGUAAGACAAUUGGAACCAAGCCAGUUGCUCAUAUUGACCAAUUCACUGCUGACAUGCUGGGAUCAGCGGAGUUAGCGGAGGAGGUCAAUUUAAAUGGUUCUGGUAAACUGAUCAAGAUUACAGGCUGUACAAGCCCUGGAAAAACAGUUACAAUUGUUGUUCGUGGAUCUAACAAAUUGGUGAUUGAAGAAGCUGAGCGCUCCAUUCAUGAUGCCCUAUGUGUUAUUCGCUGUUUAGUGAAAAAGAGAGCUCUUAUUGCAGGAGGUGGUGCUCCAGAAAUAGAGCUGGCCCUACGGCUAACGGAAUAUUCACGCACAUUGAGUGGUAUGGAAUCCUACUGCGUCCGUGCUUUUGCAGAUGCUAUGGAAGUCAUUCCAUCUACACUAGCUGAAAAUGCUGGCCUGAAUCCCAUUUCCACAGUAACAGAACUAAGAAACCGACAUGCCCAAGGAGAAAAAACUACAGGCAUUAAUGUCCGAAAGGGUGGUAUUUCCAACAUUUUGGAGGAACUGGUUGUCCAGCCUUUGUUGGUUUCAGUCAGUGCACUGACUCUGGCAACUGAAACUGUCCGGAGCAUUCUGAAAAUUGAUGAUGUGGUAAACAGUCGAUAAUCUGGGUAACCCUGACUUACUGGUACCAUCAUGGCCACUAAUGGUGCACCUGGAGUGGAAUAUCAGCUGGUGGUGGCAUUUGGAAGAUUGUUUCCUCUGUGAAUUCCUGAGCCUGGUUUUCCAGGUGCAAUUUGUUUGAAAUUGUACUGGCAGAUUAAUUUUUUGUGGCCCCCUGACCCCAACAUUUAUAUUAUUUCUGAUAAUCUUGAAAAACAUGUAAGAAGGAAAAAAAUUCACAUUACCUGUUGACUUCCUUGGGUCUUAAUCCUAGGUGCUUCUAUUUAAGUUUCUUUAUUUUAAACAGAAAUAUGGAGAAGAAAAAAAUGGCUCAAUGUGCCCAUCACCCUGAUAAAUCCCAUUUACAUAAAAAUAGCAAAGUGAUAUAUAUAUAUGCCUUUUGAAAAUUUAACAGUAUAGAAAGAUACAAAAUAAAGAAUGAAAGUCUCCCACUACUGUAUUAUCCUAAUUACUUUCUACAAGAAUAACCACUGCUGUGUUAAUUUGGAUUUCUUCUACAAAUAAAAGUGCAUAUAUAAUAUAGCAAAUCUUAACACAAAAGAUUCUUAACUACUAUGUAUUGUUUCAGUAGUUUGUUUUAAACAUCUGCAUUGCUUCUGCCUUAAUUCAAGCAUCCUCUCACCAUGAAUAGUAUGAACUCUAAUUUCUGACCUUGCUUUAGUCCCUUGCAGUCAGUUCUGCACACAGUUUGGCUAGUGUUUUUUAAAAUUUGUCAGGCACUCCCCUUAUAAAAGCUUUCAUAGCUUCUCACUGCCUUUGAAUAAAGACCAGACCUUUGAGAUGGGUCAUAAAUUGGACCUACAUAUUGUGGUAACACACAGCUCACAAUCUCUCUGUUAUUUCACAAGGAGUGUUAGGAAAACAACUAUGGCUCUCAAAUUUGUGGAGAAAGAAUUUGAGCCAACCAGUCUGAAGCCGCUUUUUUAUCUGACAGCUCAAAAACAGUUGACUAAAGUUACUAAUUUGAUAAAUGGUAGAUCUUAAUAUGUUUAGAUACCUAUUCCCAGACUGUCUGGAAUUCAGUAGUUUGUUCACUCCCCAUUUUAAUGUGUAUUUACGGUAGCUAGAAAGCAUACUGUAAAACAAUUGAAUGAGGUAUAUCCUAAAAACUUAAAUUUAAGUCAGAAUGCUUCCAUAACCCAAAGUGUGUGUAUUGGAAUUUUUGUCAGUUAUUCACAAGAUUCUUAAGCUAUGCCUAUAUGCCCAAAUAAGGCAGUCACAUAAUUCUUAAAAGGGAUCUCCCAAGAUAAAUGUUCCUUAAUCAUUUAUUGUGUUAAAUUUGUUCUGAUAAACCACAUCUUUUUUAGGAUUUGACUCAGGUUUACAACAGUUUAUGAAAUAAUCUAGUUCUAUUUUAGGAAAUGUAAGUAACAAAUGAGAGCUCAUAACAGGUUUACUGAAGAUAAAAUUCUAAAGCAAUAAAAGGGAAAUAUAUCCUGUUUCUGUGUUAAUAGUGAGAAAGGCUAUGACUGAUGGGACCAGAAGUUUUACAUACUUUUUUCUCUUAAGUGCAAUUUAUCCUUCAACCUCGAUUUUUUAUUAUGAAAAAUUUUAAAUACAUGCAUGUUUAAAGAAUAGUAAGAACAUCAUAGACCACCUAAAUUUAACAAUCACACUUUGCCAUAUAGUUAUGUACCAUGAUACAUACCUAAAAAUCACAAUAUGUAAAAUUGUGCAAUAGAAACCACAAGACUUAGAAGUGUGAUUUUGUCAUAACCCUCAAACUUCAGUGAUGAAACCUCAUAACAGGUUCACACUGUUAAAUGGCUAAGAAAUACAUAUUAAAUUACAUGUGGGACUUUACCUUGAAACACUUACCACUUGAAGAAGUAGAUGUUGGAAAUGCAGCUAAUGUCAUUGCAAAGUGGAAGGAUAGUUAUCUGAAAAAUGACAAAUUUUUAACACCAGAUGUGGAUGGGUGUGGCUCAUAAUAGUAAAUUGAUGUACCCAGGUGUUAUGAAGUGUGUUUCAUGUGUUAUUUGACUUGGGUGCAUUUUUCUUUGUUGACUUUCUUCUGAGGACUCAAAGCAAACAAGAUAAGCAUUUUGUCAAAAUUGCUUACUUGCUACUCUUAAGUUUGUCCUGACAGUUUGAUUAUGAUGUUUAUUAAAUGUGGAUCCCUUUGA